UACUCGUCGACACUCCCCACUCCACCACUCGACCCCAUCGCCAUCUGCUCUCAUCCCUCCCCUCCACCUGCUCGUCUCGUGCCGGCGGCAAGGGCGAUGGCCUCCCUCCGUGCGUCCCUCCUCCUCGCCGCGGCGCUUUGCGCGCUCGCGGCUUCGGGCGCCGCCGCGUCCCGCGACCUCCGCCCGCUCCGGGCCGUCUUCGUCGUGCGCGGCCGCGUCUGGUGCGACACCUGCCGCGCCGGGUUCGAGACCCCCGCCUCCACCUACAUUGCCGGAGCAAAGGUAAGAGUUGACUGCAGAUCGAAAACUUCUGGAGUGAAGACAUGCAGCUUUGAGGGGCACACUGAUGGCACUGGCACUUACAACAUCCUCGUCGCCGAUGAGCACGAGCAUGAGCUCUGUGAGUCCGUCCUCGUCAGCAGUCCGGACAUGAGGUGUGCUACGACCGUGCCUGGUCGGGAGAGGGCCCCUGUCUUCCUCACCAGCAAGAAUGGUGUGGCCUCUAAUGUUCGUAUGGCCAAUGCUCUGGGAUUCCAAAAGGACGUUGCUCUACCCAGAUGUGCGCAGAUCCUCAAGAUGUAUGAGGAUGAGGACGACCGUGUUUAAUGGUUGAGAGUUUGACACUGCUCGGUGAGCUAUAUAUUUACCUUGUGUCUGAAGUGUCCUUGAACCUCUAUAUCUAUUACGAGGACCAACCACAUUAUUGCCUGUUAGUUUAGCACUUUGAUUAUGUAUGUUUAUCUGCAGUUGAACUGCGAAUGUUAUCAGCUACUAAAUCUACCUGGCUAAUAUAGUGUUGUUGUUGUCUGGUAUA